AUGUGGUUGUUUUUCUUAUUUAUUUAUUUCAUUCCAAUAACACUACAGAAUGAAAUAACUAAUCAAUAUAAUAACAAUAAUAAUAAUAACUAUACAGUCAUUUUAAAUUUAAUUGAUAUUCCACAGCUUGUAUAUCAUGGUUGGAUACCAGUCGUUGAUACACCAUCGCACACGGUACUUACUGAAAAUCUUAUAUCAACACUUGAUAUUGUUCAAACAAAUUUUUCUGAUUUGAAUAAUGUUGGCGUUCGAGCUCCGUUUUCUUCGGAUCAUCGAAAAGUAACGUUUCUUCAGGUUGAUCUCAAUUUAAGAUUUACCAAAAGACCGAAUUUGCCCAUGACAUUCAUUCUUCUAGCAACGUAUCGUUGUGUAAGAGAUUCAUCAGGAACAUUGUUUUCUCUAUUGGACAAUAAUCUAUUACCUAUAUUUGAAGUAAAGAUAAAUAUAGAUAUUACUCUACUUUAUCGUUAUGGGGAAAAAAUAGAACAAAUUAUUUUUCAUCAUGAAAAACUUACAGCUAACGAUGGAUUGUGGCACCAAAUUAUUCUUAUAUUUAGACUUGACUCAAUUACAUUUCAAUUUGAUAAUAAAUUAGAUGAUGAAAUUAGAUUACCAUUCAAUUUCAUGCAAAUAUCAGAAACAUUUACUUUAGCAAAAGUUGCUUUUCUGGGUGCUAAUAAUCGCCAUAAAUAUUCGACAGAUUCAUUCUUUAAGGGCGAUAUUAAAGAUAUUCGUGUCAUCAAGUGGGAUUCAUCGCUUGAUGAAGACGAAAUCAUACAUAGGACUAAGAGAAGUACUAGCCAACAUCGAAUCAUCAAUAGGAAAGGACAACGAUUCAUAAAUCCUGAACUAGCAAAAUACGUCGAACAAUUUAACAUAGGACAAGCAGGUCCAGCUGGAAUGCCAGGACGUCCUGGCAUUGAUGGACCCAAAGGUGCUCCAGGAGCUCCAGGUCAUAUUAUUGUCAUCCCAUCACCCAUUCAUACCGUUCAUGAUCCACAAUCGUUUGUUGAUGCGAUGAAAGACAUAAUUAGUUCUUAUGGAUAUAUUCUCAAAGGUCAGCCGGGCGCUUCGGGAAGACCGGGUCUACCCGGUAUUAUGGGACAACAAGGUCUUAGGGGCUUCAAAGGAGAAAGAGGCGAACCUGGAUUACCUGGGCCACAAGGUGAUACUGGUCCCAUUGGGCCUCCAGGACCACCAGGACCACAGGGUUCACAUGGUCGAACUGGAAGCCAGGGCCUAGAAGGGCUUCCCGGUGCAAAGGGUGAAGAGGGCCCACGUGGAUUUCCUGGUGUUCAAGGUUUAAAGGGUGAUAAAGGUGAAUUAGGUCCUCCUGGUGAUAAGGGUGACAUAGGUCCUAUGGGUUUUAAGGGCAAUAAAGGUGAAAUUGGACCAUGUGGAUCUGAAGGUGAAAUGGGUCCACAAGGUUUUACUGGUCAAAAAGGAGAAACCGGUCCUAUUGGUUUUACUGGGUCACAAGGAGUACAAGGUCCUGAAGGUCCUAAAGGUGAUAAAGGAAAUAAGGGCGAGAAAGGAAUUAUUGGGUUGACUGGUCCUAUUGGUCUAAUUGGAUUUACUGGUCCCCGAGGACCGAAAGGAUCAAUGGGUCCGCAAGGAAUACAAGGAAUUCAAGGGCGACAAGGACCCAUCGGACCGCAAGGACCAAGAGGAGAAAUUGGUCAAAAGGGUACCAAGGGCGAAACUGGACCUAAAGGAAAUCAAGGCAUUGUCGGUCCAACGGGUUCUAAAGGUUUCACUGGUGAUCGUGGAUUGACGGGUGAAAGAGGUGAAAAAGGUUCAAUUGGUGAAGAAGGACCAAAGGGUUUACAGGGUAUAGCCGGUGAUAAAGGCGACAAAGGUGAUACGGGACCGCAAGGACCACAAGGCCUAGUCGGUGAUGUAGGUCCUAUUGGUGUGACUGGUAUUCAAGGUGUAAAAGGAGAUAAGGGAGAAGUUGGUGAAAAGGGAGAUACCGGUAUUCAAGGGAUACAAGGAAUACAGGGUCCUAUUGGUAUCACAGGUCCUAUUGGACUGACGGGUCCCAAAGGUGAUAAAGGUAUUCAAGGACAGAAAGGUGACCAAGGAAUUCGAGGAAAUACUGGAAUACAAGGACCACAAGGCAUUACAGGUCCACAAGGUAUUCAAGGUGAAAUAGGUCCAAUAGGACCUAAAGGCGAUCAAGGAGAGAAAGGGCAAAAUGGAGUAAUUGGACCUGAAGGUCCUCAGGGAAAUCAAGGUCCAAUAGGAUUGACGGGCUCUAAAGGAGACCAUGGUAUAAUUGGUCCUGUUGGCGAAAAAGGUGAUCAUGGUGAAAAAGGUGAUCAAGGAUCUCAAGGUGCACAAGGUAUUAUUGGACCCAUAGGAAUAACUGGAGAACAGGGUGAUCAAGGUGUAAUGGGUCCAAUAGGAAUAGAUGGACCUCAGGGAGAAAAAGGUGAUAAAGGAGAAACUGGACCAAAAGGAAAUCAAGGUGUAAUUGGACCACAAGGGUUAAAAGGUGAUACUGGUCAAAAAGGAGAUAUCGGACCUAUUGGACCAAAAGGCGAUAAAGGAGAUCAAGGAAUUAUUGGAUUACAAGGUCAGAAAGGCGAUAUGGGCCCAAUUGGUGUAAUUGGAAUAACAGGACCGAUUGGAGAAACGGGCGACAAAGGUGAACAAGGUGAUAAAGGACAAAAAGGCGAGCACGGAGUUAAAGGCCAGAAAGGAGAGAAAGGUAUUGAAGGUAAGCAAGGCCUUCGUGGAGAAACUGGUGCAAAAGGUGAUACUGGUGAAGUAGGUGAAAUCGGCCCAAAAGGUGACACGGGCAGCAAAGGUGAUAAAGGAAUCCAAGGACCAAUAGGACCACAAGGUCCUGAAGGGAAACAAGGACGGCAAGGUGUUAAAGGUACAACAGGCUUGCAAGGCCCUGAAGGAUUACGCGGUGUUACCGGUUCAAUUGGGGCACAAGGACCAAAAGGAUCCAUUGGCCCUGUGGGUGCACAAGGACCUCAAGGACAAAAGGGAGAAACUGGUCCGAGAGGAUCAAAAGGAGCUACUGGACCUUCAGGUCCACCAGGCCCUAGUGGAGAAAGAGGUCCCAAGGGUGAACGAGGACCACGUGGUGAUCCAGGAGACUCUGGUGAUAGAGGACCACAAGGAUCACCAGGAACCAAUGGUGAACCUGGAGGUAUUGGACCACCAGGAGCAUCGGGUGUAGUUGGUGUUCAAGGAUCAAAAGGAACGGAUGGACCACGAGGUACCAAAGGAGAAAAAGGUUCACCAGGUCCAGCUGGUCCGCCGGGUCCACCUGGAGAAACUAUUUUACCAAAUGAAAUUUCUUCAACUGAGCUCUCUUCCGGCACAGAAACUGAAGCUGAAACUGAAACAACUGAAAUGCACACGCUUCGAUUACGUCGUUCAGUAUUAUCACUUGACGAAAAUACUCCAGUAAAUCCUCUCGCAUUACAAUUAAUUCGCAUAUUAGAAAAGAUGUCAAUUCAAUUGAACAAAAUUGAAUCACCUAUGGGUCUUCGACCAGAAAAUCCAUUUCAAUCAUGUCUUGAUCUACACGAACAAUCGUUGAUAGGCAAAUAUUGGAUUGAUCCAAAUCAUGGUAGUACAUCAGAUGCAAUCGAAGUUAAUUGUAUUAUUGAAAGUGGUAGAAAGAAAACCUGUUUACAACCCAAAGAUGACGAAGAAAAACAAAUUCAUUAUGGACCAAUAUCGCAAAUACGUUUUUUGCGUAUUCUUUAUAAUCAGAUCGAACAGAAUCUAACGUAUGAAUGUACUGAUAAACUUCAAACAAAUAUUACACUUAUAUCUAUCGAUGAUAUUCAUUAUAAUAUCAAUCAGUUACCAACUGUAAUUAUACAUGAUGAGUGUCAGAAUAAGAAGCAAGGAUCGAUCAAAUAUGUUAUUAAUACGUCGGAUAGAAAUCUGUUGCCUAUUAUUGGUAUUAGAUCAUUAAUGAAGAACAUACGUCUUAGUCAAGUGUGUUUUUCUUGA